CGAAAGUAUAGAUAAAAAAAAUAUAAAUAUAUAUAUUCAUCAUGGCUAAAGUCGGUCGAGGUUUGCAAAUACCACUUUCAUGGAUUCCAGGACGUGAUGGAUUUUGUCCAGCUGGUGCAGUUUCCGUUGAUAACAUAUGUGUAGCACGAAGUAAACACAGUGGGGAAUUAUUGCCUGGAAAAUUAGUACCAAUGAAUGGGAAAUGUUACUGUCCUUAUGGUGGAGCAGAAUUAGAAUCUUACGAUUAUGAAGUAUUGUGUGAAAGUUUUAUUCCUGGUUCUUGCAAAGGAUAUCGUUGGGAAAGAGCAUUUGACGGUGAUGUUCCAAAAAAUGCAAUUGUUGCUGGAAUAGCUAAAGAUGGUGAACCAUUGUACAUUGUAAAAGGUGUUGUGAAUGAUGAAACAUGUUUUGGAAAGCUACACGAAGGUCAUUCAUGUGCCUACUUACCAUGGGGUGGUAAGGAAUAUUCAGUCAGUGAAUAUGAUGUACUUGUGUGGCAGAAACAUUGAGAUUUAAAUUUUUUUAAAUACUCUUUUAUACCGGAGACAUCAUGAGCUUCAUACAUCAGGUGUUCUUUUCUUUUUUUUCCAUGCCAUUUUUUUGUUUUCAAUCUUUGAAAAUGUGUGAAAAUAUUACAUCUUUACACAGUAUUAAUCUAUUAUCUUAUUACUGAAUCUACUGAUGAAUCGUGAUAUCCGGGGAAACGAAUGGGAAACAUUUGGUUAGAGCACAUAUAUACAAUAUUUAUUUAAUAAAAACAAAUUUAUUCUAGUUUAUAUAUUAUAUAACAUUAAAUUAUAAACGUAUGA